GGGCAUGGACCCUCCUGCUGUGUAAUGAGGAGCAGUGGACCCUCCUGCUGUGUAAUGAGGAGCAGUGGACCCUCCCUCUGUGUGUGAAGGGGCAUGGACCCUCCCGCUGCGUAAUGCGGCAUCUGAAGCUCCUCAUUCAGACAUUCAGCAUCAGCACCAGAGUAGAGGUGCAGGGGGAAGAUGUUGGUGAAAAGGUGUUUAAUGGCCUCGGUGCCGACGCCCCUCGCCUCCAGCGAUUCUGUGGGACCGUGUCUCCUGGGACUCAGGUCAAGUCAUCUGGGAACGCCAUGGCAGUGGUGUUCCGCACCGAUGCUUCGGUGUCCAGCGGAGGCUUCAUGGCUAUGUACUCCUCAGAUGAGCCUGCAGAAUGUGGUGGGAUUCUGAAUGACCCAUCAGGAGGAAACUUCACCUCCCCUGGAUACCUGGUGUCCAACUACAGCAACAACCUGAACUGUGAGUGGUUGAUCCAGAACCCGCUACACAUCAACUCCUCCAUCGUGGUCCUUAUUGAAGACCUGCACCUGGAAAACCAUCAGACCUGCGAGCUGGACUACCUCCAGUUCCGCCUGGGCGACGCCGAUGGGGACCCAUUGGGCAGGUUUUGUGGGCAAAGUAUCCCACCUGUCCCUAUAGUGGUGUUUACUCCAGAACUCUGGGUCCAUUUCCAGACCGACUCCUCACAGGGAGAUUUGGGCUUCAAGGCCAAGUACUUGUUCUCAGAAUGUGGAGGCUGGCAGACAGGAGACAGCGGGGUGAUAUCCAGCCCUAAUUAUCCCGACCAGUACCCCAGCCCCAGUCGCUGCGCCUGGCUCCUGGAAGCUCCCGUGGGCCACACCAUCACGUUGACUUUCAGCUACUUUAACGUUGAAGACCACCAAACCUGUAGAUGGGACUCUGUAACGAUCUUUAAUGGAGGAUCCCCUGGUUCUCCAAUCAUUGGCCAAUACUGUGGAGACACCUCUCCUGGAACCAUCCAAUCAGGAUCCAACAAACUGGCUGUAGUGUUCCUGGCUGAUCACAGUGCGUCAAGAGGGGGAUUCAUUGCCUCGUGGUCUGCAGACUCCUCUGGCUGUGGGGGGGUGAUCCACGCUGACACAGGAACCAUUACAUCUCCAAAUUAUCCAGAGGUGUUUCCAGCAAACGUGGAGUGUUCCUGGCAGGUGGUGGCUCAUGAGGGAAACCAUCUGGAGAUGAGCUUCAGUGACAACUUUGACAUUCCAGACAGUUCCAACAGCUGCCAGAGCAGCUACAUCAAGGUCUGGUCAGGCAACACCCAGAACGCUGAGGACCUGCUGGUGACAGGCUGUGGAUCAUCAGCACCGCAACCCGUUGUUGCUCCAUAUAACAUCAUCUCCAGCCGGUUCCAAGCCACUGGCACCCCCGGCACUGGUUUCUCUAUGACCUUCAGCACCCGCUGUGGCGCCCGGUUCAGUGGCUCCCAGGGCCGUGUAGUCUCUCCUAACUUCCCAGCUCACUACCCUGACCACGCUAACUGCAACUACACUGUAGAUGCCGGGGAGCAGACGGUGGUUGUCCUCAGCUUUCAGGUCUUCCAGAUUGAGGCACAUUCCACCUGUAUGUUUGAUGGCCUAAAGAUCUACAGCCCAGCUACCAGCAGCACUGCAAUGGCCACUCUGUGUGGUACCGACCUCCCGGGGCCGUUCUCCUCCCUCGGUCCCAUGAUGCUCCACUUCUACUCGGACUCUGUGAUCAACGACAGCGGCUUCUUGGCUGAAUACGUAGCCAUACCCUGUGGCGGUUUCUUCAACGGCAGUGCCGGUUCUGUGAGCAGUCCAGCCCUCUCCAUCACCAAUUACCACCACAACAUGAACUGUACCUACCACAUCAGCGUCGAGGCAGACCGAGUGGUGGAUCUAAAGUUUAACACCUUCAGUUUGGAAGCUUCUUCUUCAUGUCACUACGAUUAUGUGGCUGUGUACGAUGGGCCUGACACCUUGGCGCCUUUGCUGGGAAGGUUCUGUGGUACGGUGCUGCCCCCUGACCUCCGCUCUUCUGCCAACCACCUGUUCCUGGUCUUCAGGACAGACGCAACGGUGGGCGGCAUUGGAUGGAGAGCUACCUACAGUCAGACACUGGGUCCAGCUCAGGGUUGUGGGGGGUUCCUCACCACACCUAUGGGCAGGUUGGGCUCACCAGAUCCAAACCUGGAUGGACGCUAUGAGCCCAGGAUGAACUGUCUGUGGACCAUAGAGAUGCAGAUGAACAGCGCCAUCAACCUGACCUUCAGCUCCUUCGACCUGGAGAGCUCCUCUACAUGUCGCUAUGACUACGUCAAAGUUUACGAUGGAGACAACAUGAACUUCCCUCUGGUGGGGACCUACUGUGGAAACUCCAUCCCUGCCUACUUCGUGUCCAGUGGAAACUUUCUGACAGUUCAGUUUGUGUCCGACAGCUCAGUCCAAAAGCAAGGAUUCAACGCCACCUACAAGGCAGUACCACUGCUGUGUGGUGGAACUCUGAACGCUACCGUAGUACCACAAACCCUGACCUCGCCAUCCUUCCCCGGCGCCUACCCUUCAUUCACCUCCUGUCGCUGGAUCCUGGACGCUCCCCCUCAAGAAACCAUUAAAGUCUCUGUCCAGACAUUUGUCCUGGAUGCUAGCCAGAGCUGCUCCAGCAACUACCUGGAGCUGAAAGAUUGGCCUUUGGGAGACUACGGACAGUCCCAUAAGUUCUGCGCUUCAGACGGCCGUCCCCAGGACUUCUAUAGCUACAGCAGGACGGUCCUGAUGUACUUCAAGUCCGAUACCUUCCUGCCAGGAAACGGACUCAGCUUCAGCUUCCAGAUAGCUAACUGCAGUCGAGUGUAUGAGCAGGAAUACGGCUACCUGAGCAGCCCGGGAUGGCCUGACAUCUACCCCCACAACAUGGACUGCAUCAUCAUCCUGAAGGCUCCGCAGAACAACUCCAUCUCUUUCUUCUUCAACGACUUUGAUGUGGAGAGCCACAACAGCUGUGAUUUUGACUAUUUGGAGAUCCGCAACGGAAGCACAGCAGACUCGCAGCUGAUUGGUCGCUUCUGUGGUCAGACGCUGCCAAGCCCCAUCUUCCCUCAAACCAACCAGCUGUACUUACGAUUCAAAAGCGACUUCUCCGCCUCACGAGACGGCUUUGACGCCACCUGGACGUCUUCUCCCCACGGGUGUGGUGGUACCCUGUUUGGAGACCACGGCUCCUUCGCGAGCCCCAACUACCCAGGAAGCUACCCAAACAACACCUACUGUGAAUGGAGCAUCGUGGCGCCCAGAGACCGAGUGGUGACCGUCACCUUCGCCCAGAUCAGCAUCGACGACCCCGGAGACUGCCAAAACAACUUCCUGAAGUUAUUCGAUGGCCCAGACAGCUCCUCAGCAGCUGUUGGUCCUUACUGCGGAGUGGUACGUAGCAAACCUGAUCCACCCAGAGAGGCCUGGAUGUUGCCCCUCGGUCCCAUUUAA